AGCGGCCAUGACCGCAGACGCAAAGACAACGCCAGUGCCCAACGGGUUUCCCGUCCCCGAGUCCAUCUUUGACAUUCGGCCGCUGACGGCGACUGAGGAGGCGGCGUACAUCGCCACCGGCGAGAAGGCGUUCAAGACAUUCCUUGAUGCGGUUCUGAAGCGGGAUCCCGGCAUGGUGUGGAACUUUGUCGGCGAUUACGACGGCAUCCAGCUCCUCGAAGGCGACAUUCCCGGCUUCAAGCUCGACAAAAACGUGGUGCCGUACCGCGCCGUCGGCAAGAUCACGGCAACGCUCGAGGAGAUUGCGGAACUGCACGCGUUCGAGACGCGUGCCAAGUGCGACUUUUACCGCAACCACCACGCGCAAGACCUCGCCGAUAUGUUUCCGCUCUACAGCUUUUUUGACCGGACGCCGGCCAAGCCGCUCAAACAAAUGUACAUCAAGUGGUCGGUCGUUGAGAGCCCGGUACCGAUCGUCAAGAACCGCGACUUUUGCUUUCUUGAGGCACAAGAUGAAUUUCACUUUUCAUCUGGUCGCCGCGGGUGGGCGUUCUGCCAGCUCUCGGUCGACGUGCCGGGCGUCGUGAACCUCCAAAACUCCCCGCUGCACUUGGUGCGCGGCGGCCUCCACCACACGGGCUGCGCGUACAUUGAGACAGACAUUCCCGGCGUGCUCGACGUCAUCUACCACAUUGCGUCCGAUUUCAAGGGCGCGAUUCCGCACUGGGUGCGCAAGAUGGGCAUGAAGCGCCGGGCGCGCCACCUUGCGCACGUCAACGAGUAUGUGCACAAGGUUCGGCUAAGUACGCGCAACCUCUUGCCAAAGACCAAGAGCUUUUACAAACGCAACAACGCCGGUGACGACGACGACGACAUCGACGACGACGACGACGACGACACUUCGGCGCGGUGUUGUUAUCUCUGCGAGCAGCCCCGCCGCUUCUCGCGCAUGCGCAACUGCCAAUCGUGCGGCGAGGCCGUGUGCGUGCGCUGUAGCCGCAAGUGGCGCGUGCCCACCAAGGGCAACGAGCAUAAACUCGUACGGGUGUGCAACCUCUGCUCCCGCAAGGUGCGCGAGAACAGCAUCUCCGAGUGCUAUUACCUCGCGACACCCAACUCGGACGCCUCGUCCGAGACCAGCAGCCGGCGCGCGUCGUUCCGGACAUCGUCGCUCGGCGGCGGCUCGGACUUUGACGCGCUUGACAUCACGCCGACGCCAUGGGCGAACAAGAGCCGGCAACUCAGCGACCCGCCGACGAUGGACAUUUCGUACGUCAACUUGUACGGCGCCGACUUGCGCAAGACCAAGUCGCUGCCGGUGCUCACGGCGCCGCCACCGCGCAUCGUGCUCUUUGACCCGGCGACCUUUGCGGCCCACGAGACACCAUUCGAGGCCGAUGACGAAGACGCGUCCGUUGUCGACGACCUCGACACCUUUCUCGUCUCGCGUUGAUGUCGCGUUGCACGGUGGAAUAUACACACCGGUAUCUAAUUACACCUGCGGUGUCUUCUCUCGA